AUGGGCCGAAUGAAAAAUAGGGUUUUGAGAAAACUAAUAUUUAUUAAAAUCGUUGGCAAGGAAAAAGGAAAUAACGGGAUAACUGGCAAACAGCGGUGGGGAAAAAGAAAAGAAGAACCCUCUCACACCUUGGCAAAUAUUAAUUUUGCACUUUCUGCUCUCGCAUAUAUAUGUACAGAAAAAAAGAAAAACAGGAAUCCCUACCCCACCGCCCUCCCUUUCCCCCGAGAGCUCAUCUCAGCAAAUGUCACUCUAGGCCCAAACAUGUGGUCAAUCGAUGCCGGUGGAGAGGAGACUUUUCAAGUCAACGGGGAUGCCUGGAACAGACACCUGGACGGCGCUCGCUUCAUCCGUAUCUCCCCGAUCGGCUACUUCUUAAACACGGCGAGCUUGCCGACGGUGAUGGUGCCGAACGGCUCGGAGAGGUAAGCUUGGGUUCGGGCAGAGAUCUCCUGAGCCACGAACCUCAUGGUGGGUCGAGCCUCCGGGUCCUCGUUGGUGCAGGCCAGGGCCAUCUUGACCACGAACACGACCUCCUCCGCCAGCUGCCCCGUCGGAGGGGACAGGCGCUGGUCGAGGACGUCCUUCAACAGCAGCGCCUCGCCGUCAGCGGAGGAGGACAGGGAGGCCAUCAGGUCCGCCGGGUGCUUCCCCAGCAUGACUUCCAGCGCCACCACCCCGAAGCUGUACACGUCGCACUUCUCCGUCACCUUCAUCGUGAACGCUAG